AUGAAGGCUCGCACAAAGGUAAGCAUGGAUUUGCCCAGCCCCUUGUUCCACUCUCAGUCUACCAUAUUUGAAGGGGCGUGGCAGCCACCUGCUCGUCAUGAAAACAGAUGGCAUAUGUCCCGUCUCCCAUCUCCCUGUUCCAUUCUCUACCUCUACACACACUCUCUGAGGCCAUACCCCAACAUCAACGUCGUCCAUAUUGUGUCAAAGACCAAGGUCAACCAAAAGAUCAGCCACUCAGAUUAUCUUUCCAAUCGUUCAGUCAUCAUGCAGUUGAAGAAUGUCAUGUUAGCAGCGGCAGUCACCUUCGUGGACGCUCAGCGCCCCAAGGACCAAAGCAUCUGCGACUAUUACACGACCGCGUUGCUAAAGACGAAUAACGCAACAAAUCAGGCUACGUUGUUGACCCUAUUAGUAAACACAGUCGUUAUUGGAAAUUACACCAUGCCUAACCACAAUGCUGUGCCUGGCAUCCUCGCCCCCGGCGAGAUUGACGGCAAAAAGGUCAAUCUCGCUCCUUACUUUAACGGCGAUCUUGCCUCAACCAAUACUGGCGGAAAAAUGGGCGAGUCUGUCAACUUUCUAGACGGCGGUGGCGCGGCACCCCUGAAAGAGAACAAGCCCGCCAAUGACAAUACAAGCCAUCAGUACUUCCUCCUCACGCAUCUAUACGAGUUCUUUGGAAGCCUCACAGGAUGCAGCAUGCAAGGAAUGGCCGGAUUUGACGCGUACAACGGGCAGGCCUCGAUGGCAGAGGUCCACAAGUUCAUGGGCCUGGGAAAGCCAGAGAUGGACUACUUUGUGACGCAGGUUGGCCUUGCAGCGGCCUCCUUUGGCGUCGCCAAGGACGACAUCUCCGCCAUUGCCGACUCGCUCAACUCUGUUUUCAACGUUGCUUGCGGGCCGCCCACCACUGUUGUGAAGGCGCAGGGUCCCCAGCUGCAGUCUAUCUGUAUCGACCAGUCGACUUGUCCCAAGGCUGCGGAGGAUCCCAUGUGCGACAUGUACCCUGCUGCUGUUAAGCCGGGCAACGCGACGGGCACCAUGAUGCCUUCUGGUAGUAUGAGCGCGACGGGCACCGCGUCGGGGACGAAUAUGCCGAGUGGGACUGGCUCGGCAAUCCCGACUGCUGCUGCGGCUGUGAAUGGAUAUAGUGUUGUGGCUGUUGUUGCUGGGCUGGCUGCUUUUUUUGUAUAG